AUUUCGGAAUAUAAAGGGAAAAACAGUGAUUGAAAUUAAUAUUUUCUAAAUUUCAUAUCGUAUGAGUUGAUCCAGAUAUAUAUAUAUGAGGAAAAUGCUAAUUUUUGAACAGGAUAAUAGUACCGAACUAUACAAAAGGAAAAAAUUGCCUAGUGUUUGACUAGCAAAUAAAAUUGGGGAGCAGAGAAAGGUCAAAAGAAGAAAAAUAAAGAAUAAGCAGAAAUAACAACACAAAGCGAAUGAAGCUGUAUAUAGACAAAGACCCCGUAGAGAAUUUAGACGCCAAGAUUAAUCCAACCAUAAAUUUACUUCAUCUAUGCACUGCCAUUAACUGUAUGAUUAGGUUACGAUAUUAGUUCUUAAAGAAUUUUUAACAGCAGAACGACGUUAUAAAGGCUUCUUGUAAAGGAUUUCCUGGGGGAUAUCGAUUCAUCCGAUAGCUAUUGUUUUUUAAUCAAUUUUCCUGUAUUGUAUAAUAUAUUAGAACCGUGAAGACGAAGCGUAAACAUCUCUCUCGCGCUAUGUCGAACAAUCGCUACCAUCACAACAAUCAUAGUCAACACUCAUAUAAUUCAACCGGGUCCAAUAACCAUCACCAUUACAUGAAUGGUGAUGGUAAGGAUGAGUACCAUCAGAGUGUUGUCCGAUUAACUAAUGGUUACAACUUAAAGCCCUUGGACAAUGUGGCUGUACCCGAUAUGUGUUUAUUUUGUUUCGAAGUCUUAGAUUGCGAGCUAAAUAAUUUAGAGGGUCCUAGCGCACCGAAGUUUACCAACGAGGCAUAUCCUCUAUUUGUCACCUGGAAAACGGGUCGUGACAAACGUCUGCGCGGUUGUAUUGGUACAUUUAGCGCCAUGCACUUGCAUUCAGGGUUACGCGAAUACGCUUUAACUAGCGCCUUAAAAGAUUCACGUUUUUCACCGAUCUCACGGGAUGAACUUCCCAAACUAACAGUCUCUGUUUCAAUUUUGCAAAAUUUUGAAGAAGCUCAUGGGCACCUGGACUGGACCCUGGGUGUUCACGGGAUACGAAUUGAGUUUCUUAAUGAACGCGGAUGUAAAAGGACUGCUACUUAUUUACCUCAAGUAGCUACAGAGCAAGGAUGGGAUCAAGUCCAAACUAUAGACUCUCUUUUACGUAAAGGAGGACUACGUGCCGCGAUUACUCCAGAAACUCGUAAAUCGAUUAAAUUAACUCGCUACCGUUCUCAGGAAAUCCAAAUGAAUUAUAAGGAGUAUCGUGAAAUUAUGGAACGACGGGGACAAUAUGGUAGAGUGCAGUGCUAACAAAUACCGAAUUACCGCAGUAAACAAAACGACAAGCGGUAUCGGUUGAAUUGUGUUUGAAAUUGGAACACUUAUCGCUUCAAACCGCUAAAACAACAAAACAAAUACGAUAUAUUAAUUGUUUAAGGUUAUUAUUAUUCUUAUUAUCUCACAUAACACAAAAUAGCUAACUAAUUGUUUUCCAAACAAACGUGCUUACCGUUACCGACAUUAACACAAUACAGUACACAUGUCCAAUGUCCCGACAUUACGAAACUGAACACUAAACUCAGCUACAAUUGUGGCAGACAUUGACAUGUUCUUAUGUAAAGUUCUCUUAAAAUUUAUGGUAAUUUUAUGGUAAUUACGUUUCUUUAGACAUUCUACGUAUAUGCAAACCAUAAUUUAUAACGAUAACAAAUGUGUAUGUAUGUUUGAAUAUGAAAGAGUGUGUAGCAAUAUUUUA